AAGGAAAACCAGUAACAGUUUGCCUUUUAUGAGCGUUGUAUGCGGUCGAAUUUACUCGUGUUUGAAGUUUUUCAUUUACGUGAAUAUCACGAAAAUAAUUCGAAAUAAUAUCGUCUUCAUCGUCGAUCUACAUGUUUCAUCUAAGCGAGUGUCUUUUAUCGAGAAGGAACGAGAUAAAUUAGCGAAUCAAAUUGGAGCAAAGAAGAAAAAAAAAUUACCGAAAUGGUAACGAAAGAGCAACGUAAAAAAUAUCAAUUUUUUAUACGUUCGAGAAGCGAUGUCUUGCAACAUUGAGGAUAAUUUUUCAACUCGAAGGAAAUCGUUAUAAUGUUCAAAACUGUUAAAGUAGGCGAUACUUCGCUGCAGUACACGAUCGUUUCGCAAACUGAGGAAUCUAGUUGUUCGAGUGGCGGUGGUGGUGGCGGCGGCGGAGGUGGGGGCGGUGGAGGUGGAACCGUAACUCGCAAGAAUAAAAUUAAACGUAAAACGAGACAUAGACAGACGGUUAUUUUGAUUUUGAUUACGUUAAUUAUGGGCUGCGGUAUCGUUAUCGCGGCCGUAUUGGUUCCUAUUUUAGUGGCUAGUAAGUUGGUGGGUAAUUUACCGGAAUCGGCGAAAUUUCAAACGUUCGCUAUUGCCGCCUCGAGUAUACAAGGGUAUGGCAAACACGAUCAAAAUGGUCAUAAAUACGUGGAAUUGUUACCCAUUAAGCAAGCGCCUGUUGAUUCGGUCAUCGAGUUCCAAGACGAUAUUCCUGUGAUGGAUGAUAACAAAUGGAGGACGGAUUUUCGAUUAAAUUUCAACGACGAGAAAUCUGCCAAAGAGCAAUUACCCUCGGCGACCGCUGCCCAAUCGGCCGAAAGUCAAGAUAAACCGCCUGUAUCAAAUUUCACUCAAGUUACCGUUUAUCACAACAAAAGCGAAAACGUUACCGCGUUUCCGCAACGUGUUAGUUCGACGAUAGAAUCUCAAUCAUCGUGGAGCGGACUCAUCCGAUUGUUGAAAACUUUAAUAGACUCGAUGGUCCAAAAAAGGAUUACGCCAAUAAUUCAAUUUGCCUGUUUUAUGUUGAUCGUCGUAAUGGCGAUUAUAAUUAUCAAACGCAGAAGACGAAAGCGGCACAUCGAGAAGGUAGAAAGCUACGAACAUAAAGCGCAAAGAAAGCAGCUCUUGUCUGCCAUUCCAAUCGAAGACGACUGAUUUUGAAAAACAAAAUACACGCAUCUUUUAAUUAUCAAAGCGGGAACAAUUACCUAUUAUACUCGUACAAUGCGUCGUUUAAAAUGUCGUGUCUUUGUGUUUGUAAUUUUAGUUUAUUUGCGAAUCGAUGUUUAUGUAAAUCUGUUUUGUGUUUUUUCCUGUAUUUAUGUAAUUUUUUUUAAAUGUAUUCAUUUACGUGGACGAGUUUAAAAAAUUUUGAGGAUAUUUUAAUCUUUCUUUUUUUUUUGAAAGAAAAUUUAUUUUAAAGAUGCACAUUGAUGAAAUGAUGAUACGAGUGUGGAAGUUUACAAAACCAUCAGUAUAUGGUUGAAGUACUUACAUUUAUUAUUUAAUGUAUGUUUAUAUCAUAAUACCUAUGAUAAACCAAAUUAAUUUUUUGUGUUUUUUUUUGCGUUUUAAUGGUUUAAUAAAUGAUCAUUGUUGAUUA